AUACGAAAAUCGAAAUUGUUGCCAAUAUGAAUGUCAUCGAUUCUAUAAAAAAUAUGGCGCUUUAGCACAAAGUUAAAAACAUCAUUUGUAUGGCAAACAAUUGCAACGAUUUCAAAUUAAAAUCGAAAAAUCGCUCAAAUUGUCUUUGUAUAAACCUGAAAAGUUGCCGGAUUUUAUGCGAAAUGUUGGUAUAAGUAGUUUUGUAUGUGUUUAUUGUUGAAUUAACUUGUUAUUUACGAUAAAUUGUUGAUAAAAGUAACGCGCAUCAGUUUGUGAUUCACAACGGGAAAAUAUCAACGUUAUUAUUUGUCCAAACAGAAGAAGAAGAGAGCAAAAAAAAAACGAAUACCAAACAAUAACGCCGAGAAUGGAUGGACGACAUCCCCUCCCGAAGCCGAUAUCCAUUUCGGAUCCAUUGAUCAUUCCACGUGUUAAACAGUAUUUAGAGGAAAAUGUUCACCAAACGUAUGUGGAUGUUGGUGUAAUGGCACGUCAUCUACAGGAAAAAUACCGCGAAUACGGACGCCGAAAACAUCAACCGUUUCGAUACUUAGUUGACCAAGCUUACAAAACAGUACUACAUAGUUACGGACUAGACAGUAAUCCAUCGACAGAAGAAGAAGAAAACUCCGACCUUGAGCUUAUGGAGGAUCCACCCUUGCAAAGCAACCACAUGAACAAUAUGCUGACCGACAUGUAUCGCACGAAUGCAAACGAAUCACGUGGACCAACCACACAAAACGAUUUCCCCAUCGAUAUUAGCAGCGACGAAAGUGAUGUCGACGACACAGUACCGAAAAGUGCUAAUAACGGUCAUGCUUCAAAAGAAUUUUCAAAAGUACCAAAAGACAUUGUUCUUGGUUCGAUAUCUAAAAUUACGGCAGCCGCAGAAACAUUGGCUGGUAUUCGAGAAGAGAGCAUGAAAUCAAAAAGUGCUUUAUCUACGACAGCACCAUCAACCGCAUUAUCACCAGUUACGACAACGAAAAAGCGUAAGCUGGAGGCAAUUUCAUUUGACAGCGGAUCAGAUCGAAAUGUUCCGCGACACCCAACGACUCGUCAAACGUCGAAAAAGUUCAAAAAAGAAUUCACGGUCAAAAAGUCGGAAUACACAUUCGAGAGUAUUGGUGGCAUUGAUAAAAUCCUCAGGGAACUUUGUGAACUCUUGCUUCAUGUCAACAAUCCAAAUGUUUAUAAGCGCAUCGGAUUGCCCGCACCUCGAGGUUUUCUGCUUCAUGGGCCACCGGGAUCGGGAAAAACAUUGCUUGCUCAGGCCAUAGCUGGGCAAUUAAAUGUUGGACUGAUACAAGUGGCAGGCACAGAGCUUGUGUCGGGAGUUUCUGGUGAAUCGGAAGAACGAAUUCGUGACUUAUUUGAACAGGCAGCUUUGUGCGCACCGUGUGUGUUGUUCAUUGAUGAAAUAGACAGUAUCUCAGCAAAUCGCAAAAAUGCAUCGAAAGAUAUGGAACGUCGUAUUGUAGCGCAAUUAUUAACGAGCUUAGAUGAUCUUCCGAAAUUGGAUGGAGGCGAUCAAGUGCUAGUAAUUGGCGCAACAAAUCGUGCGGACAGCUUAGAUCCAUCAAUACGACGAGUCGGACGUUUUGACCAGGAAAUCUGUUUAGGUAUACCAGAUCGAGAUGCACGCUGUGAAAUUUUGCGGAUAAUUUGCAAAAGCCUUCGACUGGAGUCAUUUUUCGACUUCGACUUGAUUGCUUCACUGACUCCAGGUUUUGUUGGUGCGGAUCUGCUAGCACUUGCAACACGCGCUGGACUGCUGGCAAUCAAGAAACUAUUACAUGACAAACAGGAACAUGCUCUGAAGGAAAGUGCCACAAAAGUUGAUAAGCCGAGCUCUACGGUUACACCCGAAGUGAAUGAAAUGAAUCUUGAAGAUGGGAUUUUUAUGCAAAUCGACAGCGAAUUGCCACAACACAAGAACGACGAAGAAGAAUCCGUAAACUCACCGUCGAAUGCUGGGCCAAUGGAUGUAACGAAUGCGAGUAAGGAAAAAGAUGAGAACCAAGAAAAUCCAGAAAAUCAAAGCUCAAAAGUUGUACCUGAUGCGAAUACAGAGUCACACGUAAAUCAAACGGACACAUCGGUAAAAUCCCUUGGAACAAAUAAUGCUAAUGAUGCGAAGAAUGACGGAGUCGUUAAAAGUUCCGACGACUCGAAUCCCAAUGGAACGGAAGCCGAUUCAGCAGUUAAAAUGGAUAAUGGUGCUAACUUUCCAAUGGUGGUUGAAACUACAAGUACAAAUGAAACGCUUGGCGAAGCGUUGCUCAAAAAUAACGCCAUUAAAGACCGAAUGGGUCUCGAUGUUAUGUUUAAAUGGCUGAGCCAUCAAGAUAAGUUAGUUACCGAGGAAGAUUUGAACGAACUUUAUGUUACGGUCGACAAUUUUAAAGAAGCCGUUAAAUUGGUCCAACCGUCCGCUAAGCGUGAAGGAUUUAUAACGGUGCCAGAUGUGACAUGGGACGAUAUUGGCUCACUUCGGGAUAUACGCGAGGAAUUGAAUUUGGCCAUAUUAGCGCCAGUGAAAUUCCCGAAUCGUCUCAAGACAUUGGGUAUCAAUGCACCAUCAGGUGUUCUGCUGUGUGGGCCUCCUGGCUGUGGUAAAACACUGUUGGCGAAGGCAAUUGCUAACGAAGCCGGUAUUAAUUUCAUUUCGGUGAAGGGACCGGAAUUGCUGAACAUGUAUGUGGGUGAAAGUGAGCGCGCUGUUCGACAAUGUUUCCAUCGUGGUCGUAACUCGGCACCGUGCGUAAUAUUCUUCGAUGAAUUUGAUGCGCUUUGCCCAAAACGAAGUGGUGCAAGUGGUGACAGUCAAGCCAGAGUUGUCAAUCAAUUGCUUACCGAAAUGGACGGCAUUGAAGAGCGUAAGGGUGUCUUUAUAAUGGCAGCCUCAAAUCGUCCCGAUAUGAUUGAUCCAGCCGUUCUUCGACCCGGCCGUCUCGAUAAAAUCCUCUAUGUGGGACUACCCGAGAAACACGAUCGAUUUGAAAUUCUUCAAGCACAAACGAAGCAAGGAAAACAACCAAUUCUGGAUGACGAUGUCAAUUUAGAGGAACUUGCCCAACUCACGGAUUCAUUCACGGGUGCUGAUCUUGCUGGCCUUGUUAGACAAGCAUCUCUGCAGGCACUUCGUGAUUCAUUGAAAUUUGAAACCACAAAUGAAACGGAAAUUGACUUAACCGUACAUAAACAACACUUUAUGUUGGCCUUGCAACACAUGCGCCCGUCUGUUUCGACCGAGGACAAAGUUCAAUAUGAAUUACUGCGAUUAAAAUACGCAUCCACUGCAGACAAAUAGAACAAAUGGAACACCCAAUUUCGAAUAACCACCUACAUUACAUACAACACAAUGGACUUUCACACUAAAUGGAUAACAUUUCUUUCCACAACAAAUCCGUUUUUAUGAAUCAUCAUUUUUCAGUUCAUUAUGUGCCUGAAAAAAAAACCACAUUCACACUCAUAAAACAAGCAAUGUAUUUUAAAUACGCUAAAAUAAACCAUUUUGAAGUAAAUGCAAAAGAAUUGGCUAUGCUGCGAAGUACAUAUUGCUACAGAUUCUCUAUUUUCGUUCGAUUUUUUGUACACUUCUGCAUAAAUCAUGUUUUGUAGGAAGAAAAACAGAAAUCAGUGAAAAAUGUAUACAUAGUCAUAUGGCAAAACGUAGUGACAAUCUAGACAAAAUAUUCAUAACUGAAUCAAAAAACCAAUCUCUUAUUUCAUAUACAAAAAAAGGCAAGAGAUGGCAUUGAAAUCGUCCAUCUCAUAAACACAAGUAUUUUUCACAUUGUAAAAAAGAAACAUGUUCACAAAUAUACGCAGCACAGAUAUAUCUUAUAUAAGAUUAUCAACAUUUA